AUGACGCCUGAGUCUUCAUACUUAUCCCGAAACCGGCCUGAUGAAGCUAAGGGUCUGAAAAAUGCUUACCCUUUUCAAUCUCAUAACUUGCUCCAUUCCGUGCGGAAGUCACAAGCAAAACCGUGGAAGAAAGCGCCAGUAGCACCACCGCCACCAACACAUGUCAAAGUAUACAAGGUGGAUGCUCUGAACUUCCGAGAUCUUGUUCAGCAGCUUACGGGUGCACCCGAAGUCAAGCAUCAGCUUCAUCAUCAACUUCUUCAAAGUGUGGCACCUUCUUCUACUUCCAAUAUUGUUGCUACGCCCCAAAACCCAAUAUUGUUAAGCAGAGACAUUGCAGCAGCAUCCUCAACAGUCUCCACUAACUGGUACCAGGGUGCGAAAUCUGAAGCAUUGGAGGUGAAAUCUCGGGAUACUACCAGUGAGGCAAAGCCACCGGGUUUACUGGAAUUGAAUUUAUCUUCAUCAUCUUCUUAUUAUAACUAG